AGCGGCGUUGGGUGAAUUACAGUGAAUGGCCAUAGUGUGCUACUGUGCAAUACAUCAUAAUCUUUUUCCAUUUCCACACAUUUUCACUUCGCUCCUCCUACACUUAUUGACACUGCUACCGGUCGUGUUAGUCUAAUGACCACUGCGGAGGACUUAGGAUUGUCGGAUUCGGACAAGGUUCAACCUUGGAGCACAGACAGCGGCAUGGAAUCGAUGACUGACAGCAAUAAGGAUCUAACACCGACGUCUGAAAACUUCGAUGACGAUGAAGAAGAUGAAACUUUGGGUGAACGCCUAUGGGCAUUAACUGAGAUGUUUCCAGAGUCUCUAAGAAACAGCACCAAAAAGAUAGUUAAUACCACUGGUAAAGUCAUCUUAGAAACUUACUUAUUUGCUUGUACUUCAACAUGGUAUGUCUCAACAACAGCGGCUCUGUUGCUUAUGCCCGUAUUAUUUGAAACUGAACGCAUACAAAUGGAAGAAGCGCAGAAAAAUCAUUCAAAACAACUUCUUCUUGGUCCUGGUAGUGCUGGAAACUUGGGUGGUGGAACUACUAUGUUGCCCAAUUAAUAUAUUUUCGUCGUAUGUUAUAUUUUUAACCUAUCUACCUUAGUUUUGGCUGAAAAAAAUAUUUGUAUUAAAUUCACGUAGUCUUGGAAUUUUAUUUUUAUUACUUUUUUUUUACUAGGAAUAAGUGAAUUUAAUUUAAAAACAUAAUAAAGACACUUAAAAAAUUAUAUUUAUUAUGAAACUUGUUUACAAAUCUGAAUAAUAGAUAAUUAUGUCAUUUAAACGUGUUUGAGUAGUCCUAUAUGUAUGUCACAACUCAUUUAACAAGUUGUAUUAAUAAAAAUGUAUAUUAUAA